AUGUUGCCCUUUAUCGCCCCUCAUCCGCAAUGGUGCCGUCGCUUCGCCUAUGACUUUAAAACGCCAGCGAAGAGUCUGUCCAUGGUGCCGCAACCCGAGCUGUCAUUCUACGACGCGGUGGUUGUGGAGCGGCACCGGGUUGCUCCUGACGGAAAUUGUCAAUUCCGUUCCGUCAGCUACGCGUUGCUAGGCACAGAGGAUGCCCAUGCGGAAAUCCGGCAAGAGGUGGCGCACUAUCUGAGGGGCAACUUUAGUCGGCUUAGCUGGCUGAUAAACCCGGACACACUGGAGGAAGACGAGGGGAGAAUGGCUCGACUCGACAAGAAAUACAGAGUCAGAAUUCCGUACAAAACCUACAAAGGUUAUCCCUUGGCAGAAGACGAGCUCAAACUUAAUUGGGUUAUCAGGCUUGGAGACGCACGAUACAGGAUCUGGGGUGACGAGUGCACUCUCGCUGUGAUGGCGGAGAUGUACAACAUCCGGAUCGUUGUUGAGCAACAAGAAGGCGACGGGCGUCGGGCAACCAAAAUGGGUUCGCAUGCAGUCCAGGUUAUCAUACCAUACGAUGUGGUUCCUGAGGCAUGCAUCCCGACGAUUUUCCUGAUCUACGACCUUCAGCGUCAACACUACGACGUGGUCGAAAAGGUCAAACCAAGGUGAAAAACGUCACAUGCCCUAGCUCAACAACCUCCU